CAAUAGUAUAGUAACUCAGUGACUGAGUGAGUCAUUCUCUUUUCCUUAGCUUCGAAGUACUCGCUGCUAUUCACCUUUCUACUUUUUCAGUUCUUCUUCUCUGCUAGGGUUUCAAGUUUCAACAAACCCUACAUUCUCCAAUGUCAUCCUCCUCUUCACGGGGACCGACGCCGUCGGAACCACCCCCACGGCGACUUGUACGAACUCAAACCGCUGGGAAUCUUGGAGAAUCUAUUUUCGACAGUGAAGUUGUUCCUUCUUCUCUUGUUGAAAUUGCUCCCAUUCUUCGUGUUGCUAAUGAAGUUGAAAAAACUCAUCCUAGAGUUGCUUAUUUAUGUCGAUUUUAUGCUUUUGAGAAAGCUCAUAGGUUAGAUCCUACUUCUAGUGGUCGUGGUGUUCGUCAAUUCAAAACUGCUCUUCUUCAACGACUUGAAAGAGAAAAUGAUCCAACUUUGAAGGGAAGGGUAAAGAAAAGCGAUGCUCGUGAGAUGCAGAGUUUUUAUCAGCAUUACUACAAAAAAUAUAUCCAAGCUUUGCAAAAUGCUGCUGAUAAAGCUGACCGCGCACAACUUACCAAGGCAUAUCAGACUGCUAAUGUUCUUUUUGAGGUUUUGAAGGCCGUUAACAUGACCCAAUCUAUGGAAGUUGAUCGCGAGAUUUUGGAGACACAAGAUAAAGUUGCUGAGAAGACGGAGAUCUUAGUUCCUUUCAAUAUUCUUCCUCUUGAUCCUGAUAGUGCAAAUCAAGCGAUAAUGAAAUUUCCCGAGAUCCAAGCAGCUGUAUAUGCUCUUCGAAACACUAGGGGUCUUCCGUGGCCUAAUGACUACAAGAAAAAAAAAGACGAAGACAUUUUGGAUUGGCUUGGCUCGAUGUUUGGAUUUCAGAAGCACAAUGUUGCAAAUCAGAGAGAGCAUUUGAUCUUAUUGCUUGCUAAUGUUCACAUAAGACAAUUUCCAAAUCCCGAUCAGCAGCCCAAGUUGGACGAGUGUGCUCUGACAGAAGUGAUGAAGAAACUGUUCAAGAACUACAAAAAAUGGUGCAAAUAUUUGGAUCGGAAAAGUAGCCUUUGGUUACCUACCAUACAGCAAGAAGUGCAGCAACGCAAACUACUAUAUAUGGGUCUAUAUCUUCUAAUAUGGGGUGAAGCCGCCAACCUAAGAUUCAUGCCAGAAUGCCUUUGUUAUAUAUAUCACCAUAUGGCUUUUGAAUUGUAUGGUAUGCUUGCGGGUAAUGUCAGUCCAAUGACCGGUGAGAAUAUCAAGCCAGCGUAUGGAGGUGAAGAUGAGGCUUUCUUAAGGAAAGUAGUGACUCCUAUUUAUAACGUGAUUGCUGAGGAAGCUAAAAAAAGCAAAAGGGGAAGGUCAAAGCAUUCACAAUGGCGGAACUAUGAUGAUUUGAAUGAAUAUUUCUGGUCUGCUGAUUGUUUUCGGUUAGGUUGGCCGAUGCGUGCUGAUGCCGAUUUCUUUUGCCUGCCAGCUGAGCGGGUGGUUUUUGACAAAUCGAAUGAUGACAAGCCGCCUAACCGAGACGGAUGGUUCGGGAAAGUGAAUUUUGUUGAGAUAAGGUCAUUUUGGCACCUUUUCAGAAGUUUUGAUCGCAUGUGGAGUUUUUUCAUUCUGUGUUUACAGGCCAUGAUUAUUGUUGCUUGGAACGGAUCUGGGGAUCCAACUGUGAUCUUUCACGGGGAUGUCUUCAAGAAGGUGUUGAGUGUAUUUAUUACAGCAGCUAUAUUGAAGUUUGGUCAAGCUGUUCUUGGUGUAAUUCUAAGUUGGAAAGCACGGCGGAGUAUGUCGCUGUAUGUCAAAUUAAGAUAUAUUCUAAAAGUUAUUUCAGCUGCAGCAUGGGUGAUUCUUCUGUCAGUUACGUAUGCAUAUACUUGGGACAAUCCUCCCGGGUUUGCUGAAACCAUAAAAAGUUGGUUUGGUAGCAAUUCAAGUGCGCCUUCAUUGUUUAUCGUGGCUGUUGUUGUUUACCUGUCACCAAAUAUGCUUGCUGCAAUAUUCUUUAUGUUCCCCUUCAUUCGGCGCUAUCUCGAGAGGUCGAACUAUAGGAUUGUGAUGCUAAUGAUGUGGUGGUCGCAGCCUCGCCUCUAUGUUGGUAGGGGAAUGCAUGAGAGUACAUUUUCCCUUUUCAAGUACACGGUGUUUUGGGUCCUCCUUUUAUUUACAAAGUUGGCUUUCAGUUAUUAUAUAGAGAUAAAACCUCUGGUUGGACCUACAAAGGCUAUUAUGAAAGUAAAAAUAUCAACUUUCCAAUGGCAUGAAUUCUUUCCCCAUGCUAGGAACAAUAUUGGUGUUGUAGUUGUUCUUUGGGCUCCAAUUAUUCUGGUAUACUUUAUGGAUACCCAAAUUUGGUAUGCAAUAUUCUCAACAUUAUUUGGUGGGAUUUAUGGUGCAUUCCGUCGACUGGGGGAGAUACGUACACUAGGAAUGCUUAGGUCUCGGUUUCAGUCAUUGCCUGGUGCCUUCAAUGCCAGUUUGAUUCCUGAGGAAUCAACAGACGAGCCAAGGAAAAAGGGAUUAAAAGCUACUUUAUCUCGCAGAUUUACUGAGAUCCCGUCUAACAAAGGGAAGAAAGCUGCAAGGUUUGCACAAUUGUGGAACCAAAUAAUUACUAGUUUCAGAGAGGAAGAUCUUAUUAAUGAUAGUGAAAUGGACCUUUUACUUGUACCUUAUUGGGCUGAUACUCAGUUGGACCUUAUACAAUGGCCCCCCUUUCUACUUGCUAGCAAGAUCCCAAUUGCAUUAGAUAUGGCGAAGGACAGUAAUGGAAAGGAUCGAGAGCUGACAAAAAGAAUUGAGGCUGACAACUACAUGUCUUGUGCUGUCCGUGAGUGCUAUGCUUCAUUUAAGAGCAUUAUUAUGCACUUGGUUCGAGGAGAACGGGAGAAACCAUUUAUAGAGUACAUGUUCGGUGAAGUAGACAGUCAUAUAGAGGCAGGCACAUUAAUAAAGGAAUUCAGAAUGAGUGCUCUUCCUAGCCUCUAUGGACAGUUUGUUCAGCUAAUCCAAUAUUUGUUGGUUAAUAAUCAGAAAGAUAGGGAUCAGGUUGUAAUUCUAUUCCAGGACAUGCUGGAAGUCGUGACAAGAGAUAUAAUGAUGGAGGAUCAGGAUCAAAUAUUCAGUUUGAUAGAUUCAAGUCAUGGUGGUGUUGGACACGAGGGGAUGUUUCCCCUUGAGCCUGAGCCACAUCACCAGCUAUUUGCAUCUGAAGGGGCUAUCAGCUUUCCAAUUGAACCAGUCACAGCAGCUUGGACAGAGAAGAUUAAACGACUUUUCUUGCUGCUGACAACAAAAGAAUCUGCCAUGGAUGUACCGUCUAACUUAGAAGCAAGAAGGCGUAUUUCUUUCUUUUCAAAUUCAUUGUUUAUGGACAUGCCUGUGGCACCAAAAGUUCGCAACAUGCUUUCAUUUUCGAUUUUAACACCAUACUACACAGAAGAGGUUCUCUUCUCAUUGCUUGAUCUGGAUUCGCCAAAUGAAGAUGGUGUUUCGAUUCUGUUUUAUUUGCAAAAGAUAUUUCCAGAUGAGUGGACCAACUUUCUUCAGCGAGUGAAAUGUUCUAGCGAGGAGGAACUUAAAGGAAAUGAAUCUGAAGAGUUAGAAGAAGAGCUUCGUCUAUGGGCAUCAUAUAGAGGGCAGACUUUGACAAGAACUGUAAGGGGUAUGAUGUAUUAUAGAAAAGCUUUGGAGCUUCAGGCUUUCCUUGAUAUGGCCAAAGACGAAGAUUUGAUGGAAGGCUACAAAGCCAUGGAAAACUCAGAUGAUAACUCGCGGGGGGAAAGGUCAUUAUGGACACAGUGCCAAGCGGUAGCUGAUAUGAAAUUCACAUAUGUUGUAUCAUGCCAACAAUAUGGCAUUGACAAGCGAUCUGGUUCUCCCCGGGCACACGACAUAUUGAGGCUUAUGACUAGAUACCCUUCACUUAGAGUUGCCUAUAUUGAUGAGGUAGAGGAACCUAUCAAAAACAGUAAGAAAAAGAUCAACAAGGUUUACUACUCUUGCUUAGUGAAGGCUAUGCCGAAAUCCAGUAGUUCUUCAGAGCCUGAGCAGAAUCUGGACCAGGUCAUAUAUAAAAUAAAGCUUCCUGGUCCAGCGAUUUUAGGUGAGGGUAAGCCCGAAAAUCAAAAUCACGCCAUAAUUUUCACACGUGGAGAAGGUUUGCAAACAAUAGAUAUGAACCAGGAUAACUACAUGGAAGAAGCCUUGAAAAUGAGAAAUUUGUUGCAAGAAUUUCUUAAGAAGCAUGAUGGUGUGAGGUUCCCAAGUAUUCUUGGACUAAGAGAGCAUAUAUUUACUGGAAGUGUUUCUUCCCUUGCAUGGUUUAUGUCAAAUCAAGAGACAAGUUUCGUGACAAUUGGUCAGAGAUUGUUGGCCAAUCCCCUGAGGGUUCGUUUCCACUAUGGGCAUCCUGAUGUCUUUGAUAGGCUUUUUCACCUGACAAGAGGGGGUGUCAGUAAAGCCUCCAAGGUUAUCAAUCUAAGUGAAGAUAUUUUUGCUGGCUUCAACUCUACACUCCGUGAAGGAAGUGUUACUCAUCAUGAGUACAUACAAGUUGGGAAGGGAAGAGAUGUUGGUCUCAACCAAAUUUCGAUGUUUGAAGCAAAAAUAGCUAAUGGAAAUGGAGAGCAGACACUAAGUCGAGACGUGUACCGGCUUGGGCACCGUUUUGAUUUCUUCAGAAUGCUGUCCUGUUAUUUUACUACAGUUGGAUUUUAUUUCAGCACUCUUAUAACUGUUCUCACUGUAUACAUAUUUCUCUAUGGUCGCCUCUAUCUUGUUCUCAGUGGCCUUGAAGAAGGGUUGAGUGCACAAAAAGCCAUUCGAGACAAUAAGCCUCUUCAAGUGGCUCUUGCUUCUCAGUCAUUCGUUCAAAUUGGGUUUUUAAUGGCCUUGCCCAUGCUGAUGGAAAUUGGCUUGGAAAGGGGCUUCCGAACUGCACUUAGUGAAUUUAUACUGAUGCAGUUGCAGCUUGCUCCUGUAUUCUUCACGUUUUCCCUAGGGACCAAGACUCACUAUUUUGGAAGGACACUGCUUCAUGGAGGUGCAAAAUAUAGACCCACGGGUAGAGGAUUUGUGGUUUUCCAUGCCAAGUUUGCUGAUAAUUAUAGACUUUAUUCGCGAAGUCACUUUGUCAAGGGUAUUGAGCUCUUGGUAUUACUUGUUGUAUACGAAAUUUUUAGUCAUUCAUACAGAAGUGCUGUUGCAUAUAUAUUGAUUACUGUAUCAAUGUGGUUCAUGGUGGGAACCUGGCUGUUUGCUCCAUUCUUGUUCAACCCCUCUGGGUUUGAAUGGCAAAAAAUUGUUGAUGAUUGGACUGAUUGGAAUAAAUGGAUUAGUAACCGAGGAGGUAUAGGUGUACCGCCUGAAAAAAGUUGGGAAUCUUGGUGGGAAGAAGAACAAGAUCAUCUACAGUAUUCAGGAAUCCGGGGAAUCAUAGUGGAGAUAUUGUUGUCACUGCGAUUUUUUAUCUACCAAUAUGGUCUUGUAUAUCACUUGAAUAUUACAAAGAAGGGCUCAAAAAGUUUUUUGGUGUAUGGCAUUUCGUGGCUGGUGAUCUUUGUAAUAUUAUUUGUGAUGAAGACUGUAUCUGUUGGGAGGCGUAAAUUCAGUGCAAAUUUUCAGCUUGUCUUCCGAUUAAUCAAGGGGAUGAUAUUCGUAACUUUUAUUGCGAUUCUGGUCAUUUUAAUCGCCCUUCCACAUAUGACACCGCAAGACAUUAUUGUUUGCAUUCUUGCCUUCAUGCCAACUGGUUGGGGAAUGUUACAGAUUGCGCAAGCAUUAAAGCCUAUAGUACGUCGUGCUGGAUUUUGGGGAUCUGUGAAAACUCUUGCUCGUGGUUAUGAGAUAGUCAUGGGUUUGCUUCUGUUCACUCCUGUUGCCUUUCUGGCUUGGUUUCCUUUUGUUUCAGAAUUUCAAACCCGAAUGCUGUUCAACCAAGCGUUCAGCAGAGGUUUGCAAAUUUCUCGUAUUCUUGGAGGACAGAGGAAGGAGCGCGCUUCUCGCAGCAAAGAAUAGUUUGACUACAAAAGGCUUCAUUAUUAAGAGGCUGACAUCCUUUGUUGCAAUUUGUAAGUAGCUGUAAUUAUGAACGUGACUAAUUCUAGGCUUCAGCAUUUGAUUAUUAAUGAAAUUUGCUUUAAUUUAAAAAUUUGGCUUAAUCUUUUUCCGUUCCUUGAUUAUCCGAUACUAAUAUCUUUGCAUUGUUAUGAACUUUUAAUUCUUAAUAUGAUGUAGUACCUUGCCAUAUUAAUACACAUUUAAUUAGAGGGAUUUGGAGAUCCUUUAA